ACAACUCUAGUGGAGCAAAGAAGAGAUGGGUGGGGAAGAAGAAAAGCAGAGUGUUGAGCUUCCACUGUUUGAGACAAAAGCAAGGAAGGGAAAUACUGUUUACAAGCUGUUUUCACUAACAGUUUUCUUGGCUAUCUGUUCCAUAUGGUUUUACAGGUUUACACAUAUCCCAACAACAGGGAGAUGGGCAUGGAUUGGAAUGUUCAUUUCCGAGGUUUUGUUUGGUAUUUAUUGGAUCUUUACUCAGUCUGCUCGCUGGGAUGUUGCCUACACUUUCACCUUCAAAGAAAGACUAUCCCUCAGAUACGAGGAGGAGUUGCCGGGGGUGGACGUUUUCGUGUGCACAGCAGAUCCCAUUUUGGAGCCGCCAACGUUGGUGAUUAACACUGUCUUAUCAGUGUUGUCGUACAAUUACCCCCCUCACAAGUUAAGUGUUUACCUCUCAGAUGAUGGAGGGUCAGAGUUUACGUUCUAUGCUCUUUUGGAAGCCUCUAAAUUCUCUAAGUAUUGGAUACCCUUCUGCAAGAAGUUUAAGGUGGAACCAAGAUCCCCAGAAGUAUACUUCUCUAAAAACAUUGAUGGACACGACCAAAUGUUUGCAGAAGAAUGGUCCAAUACUAAGAAAUUAUAUGAAGAAAUGAGAAACAGGAUUGAGGUAGCCAUGGAAAGUGGGAGAAUUUCAGAUGAAAUAAGGAACCAACACAAAGGGUUCUCAGAAUGGAAUUCCAAAACUACAAAACAGGACCAUCAGUCAAUUGUUAAGAUUUUAAUUGAUGGGAGGAACAGCAAAGCUGUGGAUGCAUAUGGGAAUCAAUUACCAACCCUUGUCUAUCUGUCGCGAGAGAAGAAGCCCGGAAAACCACAUAACUUCAAGGCUGGAUCAAUGAAUGCAUUGAUAAGAGUGUCUGCAGAAGUUAGUAACGCGCCUAUCAUCCUCAACUUGGACUGUGACAUGUACUCAAACAACGCAGAUGCAAUAAGAGAGGCGUUGUGCUUUUUCAUGGAUGAAAAACGAGGGCACGAGAUAUCGUUUGUGCAGCAUCCACAGCGCUAUGCUAAUAUUACCAAGAAUGAUUUGUAUGGAAAUGUAGCCCGCGCAACCCAUGAAAUUGAGCUUGCAUGUUUGGGUAGUAAUGGAGCCGCUUUGUUCUGUGGCACUGGAUGCUUUCACAGAAGGGCAAGCCUUUGUGGAAAGGAGUACUUUAAAGAGCACAAAUAUGGAUUGAAUGGUGGACAGGAAAAGAUGAAUGAUGGGAGCAUUGAAGAGCUGGAAGAAGCAUCAAAAGUUGUUGCAAAUUGCAGCUAUGAAGAGGGUACUCAAUGGGGAAAAGGGAUGGGGCUAGUGUAUGGAUGUCCAGUGGAAGAUAUAAUCACAGGUUUAACUAUCCAGUGCAGGGGAUGGAAAUCUGUGUACUAUAAUCCUAAAAGAUAUGCCUUUUUGGGUGUUGUUCCAACAACAUUGGAAGUUGCUCUUGUUCAACAUAAGAGAUGGUCUGAAGGCAUGUUUCAGAUUUUCUUCUCCAAGUAUAACCCCUUCACAUAUGGGUAUAGAAAAAUAAAAUUGGCUGCUCAAAUGGGAUACUGCAUUUACCUCCUCUGGGCUCCAAUCUCCAUUCCUACACUCUGCUAUGUGAUUCUCCCUUCCCUUUGCUUGCUUCAUAACAUCUCCUUAUUUCCAAAGGUAACGAGCCUUUGGUUCCUGACUUUUGCAUACGUUUACGCAGCCAGGAAUGGGUAUGGAUUAGCAGAAGCGUUGAGUAGCGGGGAGACAGUGAAGUCAUGGUGGAACCUGCAAAGAAUGUGGAUGAUUCGGAGGACGACAGCAUACUUCUUUGCAUUCUUUGAUACAGUUAGCAGACAGUUAGGAUUCUCAGAAACUGCAUUAUUCACUGUCACAGGUAAGGUAAUGGACAGCGAUGUUGAGAAGAGAUACCAGCAGGAAAUCAUGGAAUUCGGGAGCUCAUCAUCCCUCAUGUUCACCAUUACAUCCACGCUUGCAUUGCUGAACCUGUUGAGUUUCAUUUGGGGAGCCAUGAAACUGGGGUUCGCCCCGGAAUUCCUCCCACAGGUGAGUCUGAGUGGGGUGAUAGUGAUGGUGAAUAUGCCUGUUUAUGAAGCACUUUUCAUCCGGAAAGACAGUGGAAGCUUGCCAUCAUCGGUUCUUAUAAGGUCUCUACUCGCGCUGUCUGUUGUUUGUUUGAUGCCUGCCUUCUUCCCAGGCAACGCAUAAUGAAUUGUAAGACUGUUUCCUUGAAUUUCAACUGUGUCUACUGUAAUAUUCGAAAGCUUAAAUAAACAGCAUUGCUUUCUAAUUGUUUCCCAAGUCUCUGCACAUACAAAUCUUCAAACGUUGUCAGCAUAACACGAGGAGAAAUUUUCCUCUUUUAUUA